AUGCUCAUCGAAGAAUGGCCAGUUGAAUUAUGGCUCGAAUUGUUUGUUUAUAUGUCAACAUUUGAUCUUGUCGUUAGCUGGUUUGACCUGAAUAUUCGUUUGAAUCGUCUGAUUGAACACGCACUUUCACUAGGUCUUCAUCAGUUCGAUCUUGAUGAAAGUUGGACACAUCGAACCUUUAUGAAUUGUGUUGAAUAUGUAUAUCCACGUUUGGCUCCUUAUGUAAGCAAGAUCAUCUUGCGUGAUACAUUCGCCGCUGUACGUCUAGUAGCAAAAUCUAGUUAUUUUCUUCCUCUUUGUCUCAAUGUACGUCGACUAAUACUCUGUGAAAAUGUUAUAUCAUUUUUUCCAUUCAGUCACCUUAUAAAUAUAUUCAAAGAGUCAUCAUUAUUACAUGAACUGAUCAUCGAAUUUGGCCUUCAUGGAAGUGAUUACUAUUCGAAUACACUUGAAAAAAUACUCAAAAACAAUAUUUCAUUUCAUACUAUGCGAUUCAAUGUUAUUGACAAUGCUUCUCCCUAUCUCGGCACAAAUUUGAACAUUUUACAUUUCCGUCUCGGAGAUGAUCAUGGAAUAUGUCUUGCUAAUACUGUAUGUUUGACAUUAUUAGUGCAACGAUGGUCAAAUUUAAUUAUGCUUAUACAAGAUGGUUGUUUACCGUUACUUGAAGAACUCGAUGUUACAAUCGAGGAACGACCUCCAUAUAAUAAACAAGAAAACGAUGAUGAUCGACUUCAUUCAGUUAAUCUUUUCAAAUUACGAUCACUUCGUUUAUGUGAUGUUACAUUAAAUAAUGUACGUGAUCUUCUUCGUUAUGUAUCGUCAUUAUCUUUCAAACUUGAUACACUUUCAUUGGUUCGUGUACGAGUAGAUGAUAAUGAUAACAUCACUAGUAAAGCACUUGAAUCACAAUCAAUUCAUGAUGGUCUAAAAUAA